AUGAGAAUCAGUUGUAAUGGGUGUAGAGUCCUACGCAAGGGUUGCAACCAAGAUUGCACCAUAAGACCAUGUCUUCAGUGGAUCAAAUCAGCAGACUCCCAAGCAAAUGCCACACUCUUCCUCGCCAAGUUCUAUGGUCGAGCCGGUCUUCUUAACCUCAUCGAGUCUGGUCCUGACCAACAUCGUCCCGCAAUAUUUAGGUCACUUUUGUACGAAGCGUGUGGUCGGAUUGUGAACCCUGUGGAAGGUUCUGUGGGUCUGAUGUGUUCUGGAAAUUGGGCUCAGUGCGAAGCAGCCGUUGAUGCCAUUCUCAACGGCUUACCCAUCACUCACACGCCUCUCCCCAGUGCGUCCGCGUCGCACCAGAUUAUUCCUCCUCACAGGACAUACGACAUACGCCACGUGGCGAAAGAUCCAACAACAGGCGGCGACAGUUCGGAGAGUCUAUCCCUAGCGCCACGUGUUAGCGGUAACAAGGCCAAGACACAAACUGGCCGGUUAAAACGCCUAGCAGAGACCGUGGACUACCAACUAGGUGAAUGUAGUCACGACACGUGGCAACUCCAGAGUUCUGGUGCAACGCAUGGCUAUGGUCAGUUGGCGUUGGAGAACGUGGAGAAUCAAAGGGAAGCUCCAUUAAAUCAAAGCGUGAAUCUUGGGUUUGAUGAUCAAGUCGAUACCAACGAUGUUGGCUUAGAGCUCAGACUUGGUUAG